UACAAUUGCAACAAUCAAGGGGCACAUGGAUGGGACAACAAUUUUGAUGCCAUGCAUGCUUUGUUUACUGCUCAUGGUCCUGGAUUCAAAUCCCAGUUUGAUAUGGAACCAUUGGAAAAUAUUGAGCUGUAUAACAUGAUGGCAGAUUUACUAGAUGUUGAGCCAGCUUCUAACAAUGGCACUAAGGGGUCUCUCAACUAUAUUAUGACAUCACCAAAGCCACAGCCAAUCAGAGAAGUGUCUGAUGUGUCAUGUUCUGGGGAUUUCCAAAGUGAUGUGGUAACAGAUUGUAGCUGUGAUAAUUUGAGGAAUCUAACAAUGAAAUCUGAGAGUGAGCUUAAUGAACAACUUAAACUAACAGCAGAGGAGGUGACUCAGUCCUGGAGCAAACAUCAUCCCUAUGGUAUUAACUCCCCCAAUUCUAGCUGCUAUUUUGUACAGAGGGACUAUGUCAAUACAUACAAUGCCCAAUUCAGAAUGCCACUUCUGUCCACCUUCAUUUAUGAUAAAAUGCCCAGUGUUUUUCCCUCUGAUUGUGUACGUGGAGACCCGAGGGCUAAAAAUGGCAGAAACUGCAGUGACUUCAUUUCUGAAGAGCAGAAUAUUACACAUGCUUUCCUCUAUCCUCCAGGAGUGUCAGCAACUGAUGAUGGAAGACUGGAUGCUGCUAUAACAUCUAACUUAGUUCCAAUGUACAAUGGAUUCCAGUCAGGUAUCUGGAAAUUCCUGUACGAUGUAUUGGAAGAGUACAGGGAGCACUAUUCUGACAUACACGUCAUGGUUGGUCCAGCCUGGGACUAUGAUGCUGAUGGCAAGCCAGAUGACAUUAACAACAUAACUCAAUUGGUACAAGACAGUGGCGUACCCAUCCCCAGUCACUUCUAUAUGAGUAUGAUUCGCUGUAGAGUUGGGGAUAGUGUUCAGCAAUGUACAGGAGAGCUAGAUGUCCAGUCUUUUAUCCUUCCCCACAAGCAGAAAGUUAUGAACUGUAUGAAAUCAAUUGAUUAUUUGCAAGAACAUGUUGCACGUGUGAGAGACAUUGAGCUCCUCACUGGGUUUGAAUUUUUCGUAAACACAUCAUUUGAAGAUGCUGUUAAAAUCAGAACGUUCCUACCGGGUCACCUGUGGAGCAGGGACAGUUGGGUGGAGGAACCCUGUAUGGAGGAAAUGAAAUGCCCCGCAGGUUUCUCCCUCCCUCCUGUUAUCUUGGUCUGUCUUGAUGGGUUUAGGGCUGACUAUCUGUUGAGAAACUUCACACCUACCUUGGGCAAGCUAGCAAGCUGCGGGACCCAUGCCCCAUAUAUGCGGGCUGUCUACCCAACCAAGACAUUUCCAAAUCAUUAUUCUAUAGUAACAGGCUUGUAUCCAGAAUCUCAUGGGAUCAUUGACAAUAACAUGUAUGAUAUGAAAAUGAACAAAAGGUUUAGCAUAAGCAGCUCAGAGGCAAGAAAUCCAGAAUGGUGGAAGGGAGAACCAAUCUGGAACACCCUUCAAAAGCAAAACAAAACUGCAGCUACAUUCUUCUGGCCAGGCUCAGAUGUAAAGAUAAAAGGAAUGUAUCCAAACUACUACAAACCUUAUGAUGGAAAGAUUUCCUACCAGGCCCGUAUUGAUCAGAUUUUGACUUGGCUUGAUUUACCUGAAGGGGAGCGGCCUGAUUUCCUCACUCUGUACUUCAAUGAACCAGAUUUAGCAGGGCAUAUAUGGGGCCCUGAGAAUAAACCUGCUAUGCGUGAUAUCUUGGAAGAGGUGGAUGGAUAUAUUGGCAAACUGAUGAAUGGUUUACUACACAGAGAUCUCCAUAACUGUGUCAAUAUCAUAGUGGUAGCAGACCAUGGAAUGGCUGAAACAAACUGUGACCAAGUUGUGGUUCUGAAAGACUGGCAUUAUCCACUGAACAAUGUGUAUGUCUGGGAAGGACCAUUUGGACGCAUAGCCAACAAGUACAAAUAUUCCAGUGGCGGUAUGGCACCUCUAAAUGAAACUGAGCAAACUCCUACUUCAAAGAUUUUGGAUGAUCUAAAGUGUAAAUCUGAGCAUAUGAAAGUCUUUGACAAACACUGGCUUCCUAAACGCCAUCAUUAUGCUAACAAUGAUCGUAUUGAUGAUGUCAUCUUGGAUAUGGAUGCUGAAUGGCUGGUUGGGAGGUAUAGCUACAGGGGAUGUACAGGUGGUAACCAUGGUUACGACAACCUUGACAAAAGUAUGGAAUCUCUAUUUAUGGCCCAUGGUCCCCACUUUAAACAAGGAUUCACAGUGGAACCAUUUGAGAAUAUAGAGCUUUAUAAUCUCUUGACAAGUUUAUUAAAUGUGACUGGUGUUCCAAACAAUGGAACAAUAGGAAGCCUGAACCACAUGUUACGUAGCCCUGUUCAAGUGCCUGAUACACCUAGUGCUAUAUACAGUGCAUCUUGUAGCUUCCCUAAUGACGAGGAGUAUCAGCAGAGGGCUGGCAAUGACACAAGAUGUAACUGUCACAACUUAGGGAAUGACUUCCCCAAAGAUGUAGAGGAGUAUGACAAACAGCUGAACCUAACUAAGGCUGAAACAGAAGCAGUGAUCACUGAGCAAGUACCUGAUGGUCUACCAGUGCUGUUAGAGGCAGAGAGCGCAUGUGUUCUUACACAGCAGGACUAUGUAAUGGGAUAUAGUCUCAAUGAGAAACGGCCACUUUGGACAGCAUACACACUAACUAAAAAUCUGGGAAGUCUUGAUCCACCAAGCCACAGCUGUUUGAGAGGAGAUGUGAGAGUUCCAUCAGAGUCCCAAUACAGCUGUUCAAUGACCACAUCCAACACAACUGUUCAAGCAGCCCUCUUUCCCACAGAUUUUAGUUCCAGCAGAGACCACCAAAUGGAUGCACUGAUCACAACUAAUGUGGUUCCGAUGUAUGAAGGCUUCCACCAAGGAAUAUGGCUAGAAGUGUUGAGCUACCUCAAACAGUGGGCUACACUAUACAACAAGAUCCAUGUCAAAGUGGGACAGGUGUUUGACUAUGAUGGUGAUGGUCUCCGUGGUAACAUGACAAAUGGAGAGGCCAACACAAGUACUAUAGCGAGUCAUUUCUUUGUGAUCGUCCAAAAAUGUUCUGAUGCAGUGUCUACACCUAUUGGUGAUACUUGGAACUGUGCUAAUCCAUCAAUAUUAUCAUUCCUCCUUCCACAUAUGAACUCUACAGUGAAUUGUUACACCAUGCAAGACUAUUUACUGGACAAUGGGGCCAGGUUGAAGGAUGUGGAAUUACUCACAGGUCUACUAUUCAGCCCUAGUAUGGCAACAAGUGAAGCACCCCAAUACAGAACAUUCCUGCCCACAUCACUGUGGCCAUUGACCUGAGAUAUAAUUACAUAAAAUUACAAUUUUUUGUACUAAUUAAAUGCCCUCUGGCCAAACAUACAAUGAAAUAAAAAACAAAUACAUG